AUGGAACAUCAAACAACACCAUUAAAAAAAAUGUUCAACUUUUCAUCAUCUUCACCAUCAUUAGCCUCCUCUAUGGUGAAUCAUGGUGGUAAUAGAAUGUUUUCAUCAGUGAAUGGGAGUAAUACAACGACAAAUAAUAAUACAGGAUCUGCUCAACAACAACAAGCAACUGUUCAUACCAGUUAUCGAUGUGAUGGUUGUUCUGUAGAGCCUAUUGUUGGAGUUAGAUAUCAUUGUGCAACGUGUGGCAAUUUUGACUAUUGCGAGAAUUGUUUUCAUACGAAAAAGGGAAUUUCUCAUCCUUCUUUUCAUACAUUCCUAACUCAUGGAGUUUCUGCUAGUAAUAAUAAUAGUAUGAUGACUUCAUCAAAACCAAUUUCCUCUUCAGUUAUUGUAAAUAAUCCACCAUCAAGAAAUAAUAAUAACAUGUUGACGAAUAAUCCAAUGAUUAAUUCAUCAACAAUACCAACCACUACUAGUACAACAUCAAAUAAUAUGUCAAAUAGUAUGAUUUAUCAACCUCCAAGACCUUACAAUCCUCAACAACCAAUAAUCACAAGCUCUUAUCCGUCAAAUAUGAAUAAUAAUAUCUAUCAACCACCACCAUCCUAUCCAAGAAGCAAUCCUCCUCCACCAUCCUAUCCACAACAAUUUCCGAGUGUUGUAGGCAGUAGUAUCUCUAGCAAUCCAAUGACAACAAGUACUGUCAUUAAUCAAACUCCAUUGACUACAAGCACAACUUUGAACUCUGCUGUAAAAAUUAUACCACCAUCUUCUUCAAAUGUAGCUCCUAGUAGUAGCACUGCCACUAGUACUGAAAACAAGGAAAAAAAGGAAUGUCACUGUUGUAGUGCUUCAGUAUCAACCAAUAUUCAUCAAUGUGUUACAUGUUUUGAAUUGUCACCAAGUGAGGAUUAUUGUUUAUGUAAAGAUUGCCAUGAGAAUUUUAAACAGUUCGGAACUGAAAACCCUAUUCACCUUCACGAUCAUACAUUCCAACACUUUGUAGAUGUAAAGCAUUUAAAUAUUUGGAAAAAGACUAAAGGAUUGGAAAAUUUGAAAAAACAAACAUCUGACAAGUUUGGUGAACUAGAAAAAUUAGAAAUUGAAGAAGAUCACCUGUUGUGCGUUAUUUGUAAUGAAAAAUUAAGAAAUAUUGUAUUUUUAGAGUGUAAGCAUUGUGUAUGUUGUCAUGAAUGUGUAGAUCAAUUAAAGAAGGUAGAAACUAAGAAAGAGUGUCCACUUUGUAGAACUGUAUCCGAACACAUUAAAAUAUUUUGGGCCUAGUUCAAUAAAUCCUUCAAUUUUGUAACUUUG